UGGCGGAAGCGGCUGCCGAGUUAGAGCCGGUGGGGGUAAGGACUGAGGCUGGAACAGCGGCGGAGAAGGAGGAGGAGGCGCGAUGGCGGGACUUUGAUGCCGAGGGUUUGCUUCUGGAUCUGAACACCACUGGACCUGGAUGUUGGAUGAGAAUUUCUCGUCCACGGACUGCUGCUGCCUGUCUCUACGCAAAGGCACCUGUGAAUGAUGAAAGUAAAUCUCGGGGAGAGUAUGGUGCCAGUGCUGCGUUUGCAAGACUGAGGGAAUGAAUUAAAUCAUUGGGAAUGAGAUGUGCAUCAUCAGCAAUUAGUAAUCCCACAUCGGGGGAUAAAAAGGCAAUAAAAUCUAGAAAACCCGCAGGGCAGCAAAGACUACUGAUGAUAAAAAACUGUUCAUCUACUUUAGGUUUGAGCUGGCACAUUGACAUACCGUGAUUUAUUGUGCUUCACGGAUUGAAUGGUGUGGAUGAAAAGCGAUAAAAGCACAGCCCAUAAUUGAAUCUGCCGCAGCCUAUUGAUGAGUUGGAGGACUGGGAUAUUAACUCACGACUUUUUGAUGUUCAAGGAAUCCUUCAAAGCGAAAAGACCUGCUGAACUUUGGCUCGUAGAUUUUGUAAUCCAUUUAACCAGACCAUUUAAAAUAAUAAUUGAACUCUUGGUGAAUCUGUACUUGGCUAAUGGAGGCACUGGAGGCAGAUGACAUCAGCCCUGCUUUGGAGGCCACAGAAGAAUUCUUUCUUUUCAGUGGCAUUGAUGACCAAAUGGGACAUGCAGAACUUCCAAAACAGGAAGUAUAUGGCAUUCAGGAGGUCCCAGUGGUAAUUGGACAUGAAAUUCUUAAGGCGAGAAAUGCAAAGUCGCACCAGAUAGAUGACACCAGAAUUGCAGCUCAAAAAAAGAACAUGUCAGAGACAACGACGCAAAUAGAAAUGAGAAAUAAUGCACUUGUGAGUAAACCAGUCAGCAUAGCCAGCAGACCAAAACUGCCAAGGACUGAUGGUUCAUUCAGCGAAGGUUCCUUCAUCUCAAAUGGUUAUAAUGCCAAUCAUGCCAGGAGGAACAACCCAGUUGAAGACGUGUCAACCAACAAGCCAUUGCUCUUCCGAUCGCAGUCCGACAUUAUUCCAUCACAUAACCAGCUGCAAUCUAGCACAACGCCAGUUCGCGGUCUUCCAGACUACAAGUUCCCUCCCUCUGGAAUUGGCACCACUUUUAGCAAAGAUAGAGACUUUGUAAUAACCACUCGCAGCAAAGAUGAUCCUGAUCCACCCAAUCGCGAUGUCCUGAAGAAGGGAAGCUUGGCAACAAGACAGGAUCGUGCUGGAUCAUGGAAAGAGUGCUACGUAGAACUUUGUUCAAGGGAACUGUGUUUAUACAGUGUAGAGGCUGGGGAAGAUUGUCACCUAUGCAGUGUAUACUAUCUGAACUGCUGCCAAAGCAUCACUGUGUCAGCCAGUUCAGGUGAUCAGAUCCUAGAGAUCCGCUUUUCCAACGGUGCCUGGCUGCAGCUACAAGCGCACUCCUGUUGGGAGGCUGAAGAUUGGAGGCAGGACCUUCUGGAACGAACGGACAUCCUGCAUCAGUCACAGACAUUGCGAUUGCCAAUUGAGUCCCGACAGGCACCACUACCUGGCAGGCAUACUGGAACUUGCCAGGCUGAGCCAAUUCAGCCUAAAACCUUUCCCAUGCCCGCAAAAGGCACAGUUCGGAUUGGAUUACUUCAUAAACUGUUGUCUCGGGAUCACUGGAACACUUACACCUUUGUCCUUAGCCAAAAUGAACUCAACUACUUUCGAACCAAUGACCUAGUUGAGGAGCCCUUGAUAUCUUACAAGAUAAAUCGAUGCCUUAGUGUUCAGUUGGAAUUCGCAGUGGACUCUGUUUCCCACCUUAAGGUGGCUUUUCCUGAAGAGAUGCUUACCCUUAUGGCAGACACACAACAAGAGCUUCAAGAGUGGGCAGAAGCAAUCAAGGCUGUAACUAACUCCAAGUUGGUGUCCAGUUGCUCCGACUGCUUUUCAUCAAGAGAUCUACGGGCAAAGGAGACAAAAUCUGAAAAUGCAGAAACACGGCAGAAUAAACGCCACUCUGUGACCAGCAGCUUUCUGAGCCUUCUGACGGUGAUAGCUGUGGAGAAAGGACUCAUAGCUCAGAGCUUCAGGUGUGCAGGAUGUCAACGACCAGUGGGUUUGUCCUAUGGGAUUGCCAAGGUGUGUGCCUACAGUGGCUGGUACUAUUGCCAAACAUGUCACGUGGACGAUCUCUUUCUGAUCCCUGCUCGACUGGUUCACAACUGGGACACCGCCAAACACAAGAUUUCGAAACAAGCAAAAGAGUUCCUAGAGUACAUCGCGGAAGAGCCACUCAUUGACAUCCAGCAGGAUAAUCCAUGCUUGUACGAACAUGUGGAUGCAUUGGCAACAGUCCUCCGCUUGCGCCAACAACUCAAGUCACUGAGAGCAUACCUCUUCAGCUGCAGAGCCGCUGUGGCAGAAGAUUUGCGUCGAAGGAUCUUUCCCAGAGAAUAUAUUCUACAGCAUGUACACUUGUACUCAUUAGCUGACCUUCAGCAGGUCUUUGAAGGCAAGCUUGCUCCAUUCCUCGUGAAGAUCAACAAAUUUGCCAGUGCCCACGUAUAUAGUUGUAGCCUUUGCAGCCAGAAAGGCUUCAUCUGUGAGAUCUGUAACAAUGGGCAAAUCAUCUAUCCUUUCGAAGGGACUACCACCAAAAGGUGUGAAAUUUGUGGAGCGGUUUUCCAUAUUGAAUGCAAGUCGAGAAAUAUUCCUUGUCCCCGCUGUGUGCACAGGGAAUUGCAGAAGAAGCCUCGAUCUUUGUGGAGCAAACUGGACUUUGAUGACAAUUUUGAGUUUUGCAGUGCAUUUGAAUUCCCUUAUCCAACUAGCUGAUGUCCAGGUCAGAUGUAGGUUAGAGAAGAAUUCUUGGACCAAUCUUUCAUCACUUGAGAAAUAGAAUAGGCUGUAUUUUGACCCCAUGUACAGUAACAGAAUAAGUAGAGAGGAUAUUUUGUUUGUGAACAUAACAAGACAAGGAAUGGGAGUUAAAGAAGUCCAAGAGGCCUCCUUCUCCACAUUAAAGCGCGCAUUGUAGAUUGUAUUUCAGAUGUAACCAUUGAAGGUAUGUUGCUUUGUUUUUAUGAGCCAUGCAAAAUACAUCUUUUCUGUAAAGACGAGUGAAGUGUUGAGUAAAUAACCAUAGAUCUGUUUCCAGUGAGAGUACAGAAAUUUCCUUGGGGCAAAUUUGCAAUUUUAUUCUGCACUGAUGUACUGGAGUCACUUUGCUGUGGUCGGGCUUUUGGGUUUGAAUUUGGUACAUUCCUAUGCUGCAGCAGACACUGAGUUGCAACACACUUUGUAACCCAACUUGACCUGUGCACAUCAGCCAUGUGCACUGGUUGGCAAAGAUGGACAACAUGGCCAUUUCCCAGUGCAAUUCCUCUUCAUUUUUGCACGUCCCACUCUUACCCCCAGAACAACAUGUACAUAGCACCAAUGUUAUAGGUUUGUCUUGCUAUUUUAACAGCUGCCUUCCAACAAUUAUUUAUUAUUGGCUACCAGAUGAGUAUUACUGGAGGAAAUAUAUAUUAGUUGGAACAUUACAUUUCCCUAGUGCUCUUAAAACAGAUUUGAUGCUCCAUUGGCUCAACAGCUGCUUCAAAAUGUUAUAACUCUUUUAUUCCACGAUAUAAAUUUUGUUGUCGUUCCCACCCUCCUUCUACCCAUUGGAGGAAGCGCUGGAGAUAUUCUGGGGAGAAUGGGGGAGGAACAAUACAUUUAACAUGGGGACUCUUUGGGCCAGCUUGAAUGUGACACAAGCUUUCGUAAAUAGACUCAAGUGCCAGGCACGUUCCUUUAUCUACCCAACAGUCAUGUGAUUAUAAAACAAAUUCAAGAGGUAAAUUCCUGGCUUCUCGCAGAGAUCACAAAGAUUAAUGCAACUCGUGCUUACUGCCAACAUAGCAUUUUUAGGGGUUAUGCUUUCCCUUUUUGUUUUCCUUUGCACUUUCCAGUGGUAAUACUUCGUGUGGGCUUUAAUGCUGCAAUGUUGUUCCAUUACACGUAAAAGGCUCAUGCAUAUUGUUCGUCCCUAAGUUGUACCAUAGUCUGACCCUUUCAACAUCUUAAGGAAAGCUUGUUUAAAAAACAUCAACUGUGAUUAAAUGGGAAGGAGAGAGAGCUGAAUCAGUAAGCAAUGGGGAAGAAGUAAGCUCUGAGACCAAAUACCUGACCAGGGAAAAACAGAUUAAAAAAAUAAAAACAGAAAGUGCCAGAAUACUCAGCAUUUUCAGUGGAAAAAGUAAUCUAUCUCAAGAGUAUACACUUGUUUCUCUCUCCACAGAUGUUGCCUGAUUUGCUAAAUACUUCCAUUAUUUUAGAUUUCCAGCAACUAUGAUGUUUUGGGUUUAUACAUAGGAACCGGAGUAAACUUAAAGCAAAAUGUUUUUAAAAGUUGAAGUUGUGCAUAUUUAUAUACAUAACUAGUUAUUAACAUGUGCAGAACAUGGAUACAGUUUAGGAUUCCCCAAAAAAGUGUGCAGAGUGGAUUGCACUGAGUGCACGGUAAGUGGGUAACACUAGGACCAUGAAAUAUAACAUUCAGGGGGAAAAAACUCUUUAGAAUUACAAUAUGGGAAAAAAUGAAUGGUUGAGGAUUGUAGGAGACACUUUGGGGAGCAGUGAGAUUUCAGGAAUACUUUCAUAUUAAGUCAAGAAUGUUUAAUGGGAGUGAAUGAACAGGAAAGGCACUUUUUUCGUACCCACUUUCUGGAAUUGCAGUUUUGAAAGUUGAGGCUCAUUUAUGAGGCUCUUCAGCAUCCAGCUUUUUCUCAGCCCCCGCCACUCACGAGUUCCAUUGCCACAUAAAGCACAUUUUGUCUGUCAGUCCCACUUUAUUUUGUUAAGGUUCGUAUGAAGGAAAAGGUUUUAAGAAGAGAAAAUUGAUACUUUGUGAAAAGAAUGUUAGUUGUAUUUUGGUAUACAUGAGAAAAAUGGGUGUUUUUUUGUUUACUUGUAAAAUAAUUACUUUUAAACCGUGCACCAUGUGCAACAUUCCUGCUGCGGGUGCAGUCCCAUGGGGUGUGAUCCUGAGUAUACAAUCCAUAUCUAGUUUCCUCUUGAGUAAGGUUUCCAGUUCUGUAACGCAUUACAGUUUUAAUCCAUAUUGCUGUGCAAACCUCCAAUUAUCCUGAGCAUGACAACACUCAGAGUAGUGCGAGUCUAUGUGUAAAUAUGGUGUAAUGUAUUGGGAUGAGUGCUGUUUCUCAAUAGUGAAAAACAGAAGUGAUUAUUAGUGAAGGUUGGUAGAGGGAAGUAAACAAAUGCAGUUAAUUUUUUUGAAACCAUUUAUAUACAUAAUGAUGCAAGGUUACUUAUGAAGCCCUGGGGAAUUAUUGCACCUCAUUAACUUGUCUGCUGUUAUCUGCCUCAGACUCUGGACACCGGCUCCUUCAGUCAUUUACAAAAACAAAGCUUCUGAUAACAUUACUUGUAAUCUCUCCUCUCCAACUGUGACAAGAUUUAACUUCUUCGCAACACGUCUGCACCAAGAUGUUUUUCAAAGAUGUGUGGAAGUUGUUAUUCUUCAAAUAUCAGUUGCAAUUGUAAAGCUUUCAACUUGAAGUUUGUUGCUUUUAUAAUAUAAUAUAUUUAUGUAUAUAAAUAAAUUGUAAGAAAUUAUCCUGAGAUUCAUUUUUGUACAGUUGGAGCCUAUAAAGUCACCUAGAAAAAUAAUAAAGGUAUGAUAUUCUAAUGUGCCA